CUAAGCACGGGACACAACAAGGAAGUUUAAAUGUAACGUUUCGAUAAACCAAAGUGAAGCUUUUCUCUACAGCGACCUUUCCUUUAUUAUAUUAGCGGUGACAACCUGCUCGGUUCGGCGGUCCGCGGGAAUAUUUGGCGUUAAAAACAGUAAUGAAUAUGAUAUAACGACUAGCAGUCCUCUGUGUGGCGUUGUGAUGUUCAUGCAACGUUUUGUUUGGACAAAAUGUUUGUGUCGCUGCUGAUUUCUACCUGUUUAGCCUUACUGUUUGCUCUUGGACAUACAUCGCUACCUCUCGUUAUCAAUACGUGGCCAUUCAAGAAUGCGACUGCUGCAGCAUGGAGUACCCUGCAGUCCGGUGGAUCAGUGUUGGAUGCAGUGGAGAGUGGCUGUGCCCGUUGUGAAAUGGAGCAGUGUGAUGGCAGUGUAGGCUAUGGCGGGAGCCCAGAUGAGUCUGGAGAGACCACGCUGGAUGCCAUGAUCAUGAACGGGGAUACAAUGGAGGUGGGUGCAGUUGCAGACCUGAGAAGAAUCAAGAAUGCCAUUGGAGUAGCGAGAGCUGUAAUGGAGCAAACUUACCAUACAAUGCUAGUAGGAGAGUCGGCCUCAGUGUUUGCUGAAAACAUGGGCUUCGUUGCAGAAGACCUGACUACCAACAAAUCUAUGAACAUUUUCUCACAGUGGCUGAAGGGCAACUGCCAACCUAAUUAUCGAAAGAAUGUGUUUCCAGAUCCUUCCAAGUCCUGCGGACCCUACAAGCCGGGGGCGACACUGAGACAGAACAAGAGGGCACAGCAUGCUAAUACGCGCUCCCACGACACCAUAGGGAUGAUCGCUCUUGACCAAGAUGGGCAUGUGGCCGCUGGUACAUCCACCAAUGGACUAACUCACAAAGUCCCAGGUCGAGUUGGGGACUCUCCUAUUGUUGGAGCAGGGGCCUAUGCAGAUAGCUCAGCUGGUGCUGCAGCUGCUACUGGAGAUGGCGACGUCAUGAUGCGCUUUCUGCCAAGUUACUUGGCCGUGGAGCUGAUGAGGGCCGGGGCAGAUCCCUCGGCAGCCUGCAAGACGGCCAUUUCCAGAAUCAAGAGGCAUUACUCGGAAUUCUUUGGAGCCAUCAUCUGUGCUAACACAACAGGCCAUUAUGGUGCUGCCUGUAACAAAGUCCCUGGCUUCUCCCAGUUCCACUACAUGGUGUCAAACUCCGAGUCAGACACACCUCUACUAAAAUCUGUUGACUGCUUUUAAAUGGUGUAUGAUUGUGUGCAUCUCUUUUAUAUACAUAAAUAACAGUCUCCAUACAGUAUUUUUAGGCUGAUGAUUCUGGUUUUAAUUCAUAAAUAAAAUGUAAUAAAAAAACAUGUCAUUGGAAAUUUCAA